CGAUUGAAGGAGAUGUGAGAUGGGAGGAGCACUUUGGGAAGCUUCUGCGCCUGCGCCUUGACGCCCGUCUGCCCGACCUUCAGCAAGGCCGGUGUCACCAUGUUUUCUCGGGCGAGCGUCGCUGGCCUGUCGGCCUGGGCCCUGCAGCCACAAUGGAUCCAAGUCCGAAAUAUGGCAACUUUGAAAGAUAUUACCAGGCGACUAAAGUCCAUCAAAAACAUCCAGAAAAUUACCAAGUCCAUGAAAAUGGUAGCAGCAGCAAAAUAUGCCCGGGCUGAAAGGGAGCUGAAGCCUGCUCGCGUGUAUGGGAUAGGAUCUUUGGCUCUGUAUGAGAAAGCUGAUAUUAAAGUGCCUGAAGACAAGAAGAAACACCUCCUUAUUGGUGUGUCCUCAGAUCGAGGACUUUGUGGUGCUAUUCAUUCCUCAGUUGCUAAACAGAUGAAAAGUGAGGUGGCUGCUCUCACUGCAGCGGGAAAAGAAGUUAUGCUCGUUGGAAUAGGUGAUAAAAUCAGGGGCAUACUUUAUAGGACUCAUUCUGACCAGUUUCUGGUGACAUUCAAAGAAGUGGGAAGAAAGCCUCCUACUUUUGGAGAUGCAUCUGUCAUUGCCCUUGAGUUACUGAAUUCUGGAUAUGAGUUUGAUGAAGGCUCUAUCAUUUUUAAUCGAUUCAGGUCUGUUAUCUCCUAUAAGACAGAAGAAAAACCCAUCUUUUCCCUUAAUACCAUUGCAAGUGCUGAAAGUAUGAGUAUCUAUGAUGACGUCGAUGCCGAUGUGCUGCAGAAUUACCAAGAAUAUAAUCUGGCUAACAUCAUUUACUACUCUCUGAAGGAGUCCACUACCAGUGAGCAGAGUGCCAGGAUGACAGCUAUGGACAACGCCAGCAAGAAUGCUUCUGAGAUGAUUGACAAAUUGACUUUGACAUUCAACCGCACCCGCCAAGCUGUCAUCACAAAAGAAUUGAUUGAAAUUAUCUCUGGUGCUGCAGCUCUGGAUUAAUGGAAAUCAAGUUUCACCCUCAGAUAAGAGGUGAAGAAGGAAAAUUGAGCCAGCUGAUUUUGGUUUUAUCUUACUGCUGUCUUUGUCAGAAGAAAUUGUUGGUCCUUCGAAUUAUUAAAGACAGCAAGAUAUUUGUAAAUUAUCUUACAAUAAAUAACUUACAAUAAGAAAA